AGUUUGCAAUUACAGGCGUUGUGUGUGAAGUCAGUGCGUCCUUCUAGCCCUGCUAUAGCCAGAGAGAUUUUGUCUCUUUUAUUGUUUGCUACUGUUUACACCCCCUCCCUGCCUCUGCAAAACCCCAAAAGAUUAUUUGGGGGGCAGAGUAACUCUGUUGUAGCUCUGUCAUGGUAGAAGUAUCUUUUGCACUCUCCUGAGCAGCAGGAACACUGCUUUUUGAGAAGUCCUCUUUUAUCUGUGUCUCAUCUUCCACCACCAAUCAGGGCUUUUAGGAAGAAGGGAUUUAUUUCUAUCCAUAAAUACUUAUUUUCUUUGGUUGUGAAGUCACAGUUUCAGCUGAGGACCCAUUGUUCCUUGAAUGAGUCUUGAACAGAAAAAAGUACACCUCACGGAGCAUGGCCUUUCUCCUUCAGAAGGAGAGUAUAAUCAGUACUGAUGGGUUUCAUGCUUUCUUGGGUUGGAUGGACUUGCUGCUACAGAUUGGUGGCCAGUGCUAAAUGGCUAAGGCUACUGUGGGGACUUAUUUGAAUUGAGCCAGAUCAUUGUGCACUAUUUAAAAAAUAGCAUGUUCUUAAAUUGCCCUUUCUACAGCUCUGAGACUAGGAUGUUUUGAUCCCAGUUAUUGUUUUUUAAAUUAUUCUUUUAGGUUAGGCAAUUUAUAUUUUAAGGAUAGAGCAUACAGUAUGUUUAAAUUGUUAAUUAAUAUCUGAAGUUUCACUUGCUGAAAGGCAGGUGAAAAUAUGCUAUGUGUCAAAUGAGAUGCUGUAUAAAUAACAGCAGAAGCAGAAACAAAUUAUACAGUGUAUUUGAAUUUAGGAGCUAGUUCAACUCUAUGAAAUUACAUGAUGAUAUUUCACUUCCACAUUUUAAUAGAAAAUCAGUAACAUUUUAGAUAAAUUUAUUAUUAGGGAUAAAAAAGAAGAGGCUGUUCCCUCUGUUUGCUUACUGUUUUUAUCUUUUGUGGCUGGGUGAAUUUACUAUAAAACCAGAUAAGAAAGUAUGCUAAAUUGGCCACUGGAGUAAAUGAUUAACUAUUGUACAGUCUUAUUAUGAAGACCUUCUUUUAUGUUUGUGUAAGAUUACAUUUUACUUCUAAAAGCAGGUGAAGGAAAAGGCUGAUACUAGAUUGUAAACAAUUAAAGCUUUUUGAAAUUUUUUUUGUAGAGAGUAGUGAGGAAUUCUCAAAGUUACAACUCAGUUCAGUCAGUUUGUUUACCAGCUCAGCUGGUGACUCAUAUGGCCUGAGGCAAGUCACACUGCUUCACUGUCACUGCUCUUUCCCUGUCACAUGAGGGUAAUAAUAGAAUUAUCUUACAAGGUAUUUUAAAGUUUAAGUCUUACAUCUUGUUUGGUCUUCUGUAUUAAAAUGCUACUUGUUGAGCUGUGAUUGGAUCCAUAAUUGCAUGACGCAACGCUAGCAUUGUCUCAUGAGUUAUAUAUGCCUAAUAUAUGCCUAAUUUUCUGGUGUUGAGAUCAGUUAACUUGAGAUCAGUUUUUACAACUGUCUUCUGUAAGAAAUGCCCUCUGUUUUGUACGGUAUAUAAAAUACAUUUCUUUAGCAGAAUUAAAGAUGGUAGCAAGUAACUUUAAAUGGAGUUGUUCUUGCUACCUUUGUAUUUUUAUACCUUUAAGUGGCAGAAGAAAAUACAUUUGUUUAGCUGCUGUGAGUUGAGAAGAACAGCUCUUAAAUCAGAGGACUAAAUGUUUCAUUUUAAAAAAAGCACUAACUACAUGCUUUUAAUAUGUAGAAAUGUAUUUUGGUGUCUCCACUGGCAUGUAGCAUAAAAAUGUCUUGUUUCUGUUGAAAUUAAUGAUUCAGUUGCCACUGGCUUUAGUAGCAAGUGGGGGCCUUUUUCAUGGUUCUGUAGUAUAAUGCAGCUUCUUUUAAUCAGUAGUCAGGAUUUUUAAGUAAAUCCAUUACAUAGAAACACUCUGUAAUGUCUUACUAGUCUUUGUGUACGUUUUUACAAAAGUUAGAAGGCAUCAGAAAGUUUUAUUUGGGAUGCAAGUUUGACAACAGUAGACGAGGUUAGAUGAUAAUGAAUAAAAGAAUUCCUCUGAACCCACUGAUUGGUGUUUUUCUAGCAUUAACUUUUUUUAGCGAUGUACAUAUUUUUGUUAGUCUGUGUGAUUCUUUUUUUCUUCUUUGUAUAAAUGAUUGUUAGGAAACCUUAAGAAUGUGGUGAACUGACACUUGGCACUGUGCAGACAGGGAGAAGAGCAGCCAACAGCUCUUUAGAGGACUUCAGAUACGUCCCCUAAUGGAGUGAACAUCUUGCCUCUGCUGGAGGGUAAAAGAGGCUGUCUGGAUAAGCUAUAAGGACGACUUGCAGAGAAAUGCAAGUACAGUAUACAUGGUAUGCUGGCUGAAGGGGAAAGCAUGGCAAGUACAUCGCUGUGUCCUGCUAAUACAUCGGUAUCUCAGAAUCUUCAGAAAGUAUCUGGUUUUGUACAAAAUAAAACCACACAGUGCUCAUUUUCUAUUGAAAGUAUUUUGGGAUUGGAGCAGAAGAAAGAUGUCAUUCCAGCUGUGAGACCUCACAGACCGUGGAUGGAUACAGGCACCAACCUGGUUUUACGUCAAGACAGUAAUCCUCAUAUGCAAAUCCCUGUUGUUUCCUAUGAAAACUCAUUAUUUCAUGCUAACGGAAGUGCAGUGCAAGAGGAAGAAGUUUUGAAAUGUGAAAAAUAUUUUUCAGUCACUGAAAGGCUAUCUUUCAAACGAGAAUUGAGCUGGUACAGGGGUAGAAGACCAAGAACUGCUUUCACUAGAAACCAGAUUGAAGUUUUGGAAAAUGUUUUUAAACUGAACUCCUACCCUGGCAUUGACAUUAGAGAAGAACUAGCUCGCAAAUUAGAUUUAGAUGAAGACAGGAUUCAGAUCUGGUUCCAGAACCGUCGUGCAAAACUGAAAAGAUCACACCGAGAAUCUCAGUUUCUAAUGGUGAAAAAUACUUUCACCUCCAACCUGCUAGACUAGGAAGAAGAAUGGUUUGCCAUUAAGCUACUACAAUAGAACAUGAAGAAUUACUGAAAUUUUCAUAAUUUGUAUUAAGUAAUGAUAUUAAUUCUAUGAUUUUAUCCCUAGAUUUGAAAUAUCAUGACUUUCAUUCAAAUAAACUGUAAAUACUUGAAGUAUUAUUAUAAUCUACAUUUUGUGGAAAAAGCAAACUUUUCCCAUAUAUUUUAAUAAAUAUUUUCAGAAAAGUUUAGGUAUUUUUGCAGUUAAAAAACAGAAAACUUGGUCAGUGCACAAUAUUUUCAGCUACUGUGCAUUACAACAGCUUAAUUGAAGACCAAAAAAACUUCAUAGUUUAAAAAAUUCAGAUUAAAGUCUAAAAUAUGUGAUAUGCAAGAAAUUGUGCAUUACAUUGGAAUUCAAAUAGCUUAUGAAAUAAGUGCUAUCACUUUCUUAAAAUUGUUCUUUGUGUAAACUGUCUUUUCUCAAACGGAAGGACUAAUAUUUAAGUAACUAUUUUCAGUUUCAGCAAUUGCUUGGUUAAGAGAGGCUUAAAACUAAUCUUUUUUUACAUCAUAUUUUAAUUCAUUUAUACUUAGGAUAAUAUUUGCCUAUUUAAUACUGCAAUUUAGAUAGCUCUUGUUUUGUUGGUAUAAAUGUUCUAGUUACAGAGGUUGCCCUCAAUAUCUUUUAAUGAGAGAACAUGAGAAAUAUCUUUUAAUGAGAGACAGGAUCAAAUCAGUUGGGACCGGAGUGGAUAUCCAGAUCACCUCUAUUACUUCUAUGGUGUUUGAAUAUUUUUAUCAAAAUGUAUAUGAAAAUCAAGUGUCUUAAUAUUCAGUAGUCCACCUGAAGUCAAUAUGCAUAAAGACAGCCUUACACAAAAAGACAACUAUUUGUGGCCUUGACAUAGGGAAACAGUGCAGGUAUGGAUUUACGCUGUUCCUUGCUUAAGUGCUAAUGUCCUUCAGUGAGAACUCAGCCCAUUUUACUUACUUGAAGUGUUCUACAUGGACCCAGACGUACAGGAACUGAUUUUGUGUCAAGCUGAUGCUUCAGCAGAAGCACUAACUUUAACUAGUGUUUCAAUCUGUAGCAGCCAAUAAAUCCUAAAAUAAAGAACUUAAGCAGAAGACUUCGUUAGCUGAGUUUUCCCACUUGAUUUACUUGAAAGAUAAAUUUUAUUUUGAAACAAAACUACAUUUAUAAUAUUCAAAACAUUGUACUGAAUCAUUUUAUUUGAUGCAAAGAAAAUCUUUUUUAUCAUAAAAUCAUAAGGCAAGAUUCUGAAAAGCAGGAAAAAGAAGUGAUGUGAAUGCUUAUGACACUCGCAUCCUUUUUAUCUAUAAUGCAGAGUACUGAUCUCAGACUAACUAUCCUCCCUUUAAGACAUGCCUAGCCACUGAGCUCUUAGGUAUUCUGAUGUUGGUUUCCAGAUUUCUUUUGGAAACAGUUUUGCAUUGUAUAAAAUGCUUAGAUAUUUGCUGGAGGAAGAAUCUGAGCCCAGUUCUCCAAGGUACAUACCAUAGCCACCAGGCUGAUUCACUUUCAGUCUCUGACACUCAGUUUCUAUGGAGUCAGUUAUGUUAACGAGGACAUGAAAGUCAAUAAUAUAGGUUAGAUGUAAAUAGGAAAAAAAGAAAAAGAAAUUCCAUAAAUUCUUCCAGUGUUUUAUAGUGCAAAUAGUUAAACGUGUUCUUCACUUGCACUUUCUUGUUCAAUGAUUUAAAAAAAAAUUUUUUUUAUGGCAUCAUAGUCUCAAUGUAGUAUAGUCUCUAGAGGUAGGCAUUAAAAUUUUAAAGGCCUGUCUGUACUACUUCCAGACAGUUCUUAAAUAUUACACCUCUUCUAAAAUAUACUCUGCUUUUCUUCAGUUAAAAAGUUCUUCAUAAGUAGAAUGCCUGUAUUUUACACUUCAAUUGUAAUAAUAGAUGAUUUAGUGCAUCUUUGACUGUUUGCGAUUUAUUUGGAAAUGCAGUUUGAGAUUUUACCAGAUACAUCAUCCUGUUAUGUCAUGAACAAAAGAAUUGCUCAUUCUUAGUGCUUGUGUCCAUAGUAUCUGCUGUCCUAUAGAAUAAAAGAUAAAACUAAUUAAGUUUGGGGAGGAAAGGGGUUGAUGAAUAAAAAUAACUUUAUAUAGCCUCAUGCUAGCAAAAAUUCAGUGGGAGAGAUGAUCAGACUUUAGUCCUUAGUUGAUAUUUGGGAAGAUGUGUUGAGGUAUGAGAGUGUAAAUAAAAAUGACUUUUAUAUCCUGCAGAACACUAUUAAAUAUCUGCAUUAGUUUAUGGAGCUGCAUUAGAGCUGUUUGCCUUUUUGUGUCUGUAACUUCAUGGAUUUAUUACCUUUAUUACUACAGUAACCAUAAAAUGCUGAGUUAUUUAACUUUGCUUUAAAAAAAAAAAACUAUAUUAGCAUGAAAACAUCAAACUUUUAUCCAAUAUUGAAGUGUUAAUAAUUCAUACUUUUAGAGUGUUGGAUUUCAGAGGUAACACUAGAUAUUACUAACUGAAUUUCUGUUGUAUCUCUGUAUUCAAAAAUACUUAAAAGACCAUUCACAAAAAAAGCAAUUUACAUGGAGCCAAAUCCAUUAGUUCUGAAGAAAUGAGAAGCUGAAUUCAGACACCUACCUGAUCUGAGGUAAAGACAGUAUUGGGAAUGCAUGAGUUCUAUUUUGUUUUUCUUUUCACCUCAAAACAUAUAUUGCCUGUGGCUUAAUCUUAGCGCAGGUAAUUUGAAACUAUUGUCUACUCUGGCGCUGGAAACAAGGUUUCCAGCAGCAACAGAUUAGUCUAAUCUGUCCAGAUUGAUGCCUAAGAACCUUACUCUAUUAUCUGGCAAAUACCUAAAUGCACCUAAUGUCUCUCAUAAUGGAGCUUGUCUCAAGUGGCGGAAGUCUGACAAAGCAAUUUAAGAGAAGGACAAGAAUAAUAGCAGAAUAAUAAUAGCCUGGUAUCCAGCUCUCAAUUAGCAAAUGUUACCAGAAGGAUGAUUCAUCUGUAAGGUGCCAGCGCUGUUGCACAUAGCGCUGAGGGACAGAGUUUAAUAACAAAAUUGCAGUAUUUGCUUCCUCUUGACAGGGUUCGUUUCAGCUGUUGGAUGGUUUUGUCAAGUCACAAACUCCUCUUCUUCCAACCAUGUUGCCUUGCAUUGGCUCCAGUGCUCAUUUGACCCUGCGAUGUAUUGAUUAAAUUUACUAUGAUGGUGAAAAACUGUUUCAGCAAAAAAAUUGGCCAGUGUAGUAGGUAAAACUUCCCCCUUUUGAUAUUGGCAGGCUGUUAUGUCAGCAUCAGCAUGGAUCAACAGCUUCAAUUUAGGCAAGAGUGGGUUGAUGAUCAGCUUCUGGCGUUGACUGUGGUGGCAUUUGAACAUUCUUGUAGUGCUUUCCUGAAUUAAGAUCCAGGGCCUGUGAUCCUAAUCAGGACACUGGCUACAUAAUUAUUUGUUUAAAAUGAUGUUCUUUUGACUUAUGUCUCAAUAUCCUAAAAAUUUAUUUUAACCACGGACUUCAGCAUUGCCCAAAUUGCCAUCUGAAACAGAUGAGCUGUCCCCAUGAUCUGAAGGCAAACUCAAACUGGUUUAGACCAAAGAGAAUCAAUGUUUGCGAAGUUCCGAUGUAAUGCUGUUACUUGGAUACAUGGAUUGGAAGUGGAGGAGGAUGCAUAGUGCUUGUUUCAGAGUUAGAGUUGAAUGGUUUUGUGUUUUGUUUUUGGGGUUUUUUUUUCCUUCUCCUAGCUCCUAAACCAAGUUUUCCUCAGCCACUGUGAUAGCUGGAGAACCCAAAUGAAUAUAUUCUAUCACUCUUUUCCUUAAUCUUAUGCAGUUUGGAGCAAUCAGGACAAAAGUUUGCUGAUUUUUCUAAAUUAAGUUCUAAUAAAUGGGACUAUCUACAUUAUUAUUCUUGUUAUUAAUCACUUUAAAACUUUGGGAAUUUGCCAUUCUUAAGUUGCAUAUGUAGGUAUGUGUUUCAAACUCGUUACCUUAUUGUGACCUUUUUAAAAAAAUCACCUGUAACCUUGCAACAAUUUAGAUAUUGUAUCUUAUUUUUCUCUAAUUAUUCUUCUCUCUUCUAACAGUGAUUUUUAUUUUACCAGUCCAUGUCAUUUUAUUACUUCUAAGGUGAUAACUGCCUGUAUGCAAUCCCUAGAUUCUGGGGCUGGCUUGUAUCUAUGUAUAAUCAAUUUAUGUUUUAUAUAUUAGAUGAAAAUGCACAUGUAUCUUUUACUGAUAGAUUUCACAAUCUUUCUUCAUAUUUAGAAUUAUAUCGUAUCAAUCACAGCGAUGCUCCAACAUAUGUUGGGAUGCAGUUUGUACGAACGAUGCUAAAGUAAGGAAAUUGAGAAGAUGGCAAAUCAAAUAUUCUGCACUAGAGCAGGCAGGCUAUACAUUAGCUGCAUUUUAAGCAGUUUGCUUUUUAGAUUAAAUCAGACUUUAAAUUCAUAAAUGUUGAAAUAGAGAUAAUCUGUAUUUCAAAUGCAAAUAAAAAUACUGUGCCGCUUUUGCCCUCUUGUGGCUAGAUUUUAGGAUUACAGUCCGUCUUGGUAAAUGGAUUUCGUUUGUCUGAGCAAAAGCUGCAGCCAUGAGGCAAGACUGUAGGUAGACAGGAUGUCAGCAAGUGACUGCCUAUUUUAAUUGUAGUACAAACGUUGUGACUAACUCGCUAUUGUAUCUGUGUCUGAAUGCUUGACAUUGGGCCUGAUUUGAUUUCACAAGUUCUGAAUGUGCAGUAAUUUACUUUGAGCUCAGUGGAAAUUGAUAGGUGCUCAGUAUUUUUAAUAAUCUGAUCAUUUAUUAAUAGUGAGCUGUUAACUUAAGAAGUCAGGAAUUCAGUUUUUGUCUGCCAACUUUCUUUAAUCUUGCCUUUAAAUUAGUUGAGGCUGCUUUCAGGAAUACAUGUUUACAACGCUGCUCAACACAGUCAAAUUAUAGUAGCAGAAUCCUCCUAAAUUCAGCAAAACAUUUGACAAAAUGACCAGGCAUUUUUAAAAGAACUACUUCUUGUAAUGUAAAGCAGGAAUGACUUCUGCUACAAUAUCUACUAAUGUAAUUUUUCUGUGAUAACAGAACAAUGUCAACAAUGCAAAUGUUUACCAUGUAGAAACACUUAUUCCCGCUAGCGAUUUCAUUUAUCACUGUUUUACCACAUUAGAAGGACAGAAAUUACUUUGUGCCUUUUAAAUACUGCACAUUUAUUAACAAUUUUCUAACAUUUCAAAAUGUUCAGUCAGUUUAAAAUAUUUCAAAAUGUGACAGUAUCCACUUCAGUUUUUUUCUUAAUUAGAAUAUUUGCAAGUUGCUGCCCGGAUAUUUGUAUAUAAGGCAUAUAGUGAAAUGCACUUCACUCACUUCAAAGGUGGAACAAUAGCGCAUUGUAUGUUACAGGAUGUGGCUGUUUGACAGGAUAAUUGCAAAUUGCUCUAAUUCUUUUCGGCAGAGUCAUAAGGAAGCAUCCUAAAAAGGCAUCGGCAUCUCCCUUAAAGUGAAGUUGGCUAUGGCUAGAUAUUUUUAUGAAACUUAGGCAGGUUACCUGAAAAACCUCCUUUUUUUGUAGAUGUCUUUGUUUAAACGAGGAAACUGGUCCCCUCUUUACUUUGUAAACAUAUAGUCCUGGGCUAUAAGAUUUAUCACAAAUUACAUUUUAGUAGGAGUGGUGUUUUCAGUGAUUGUUAUAUUAUCUAAUUACAAGCAAAUAAUAAUCAUCUAUUCUAACUUAACAUUAUUUAUGUACAAUGAUUUUAUAUAUGAGUGAAACAGAUGUUGUUCAUUGUGUUUGAUCAGUCUCUUAUCUGUGUGUUUAUUUUACUCUUUCCAGAAUAAGAAAGUGACUUGAUCCUGAUGUCUGGCUGCUUCAAAUUUGCCAGACUGUUUUUUCUCCAUAAUGUAGAUAUCAAGGACGCUGGACUUUUUUGUUUGGGUUUGUUUAUUUGUUUUAAAUGAGCUCUUGCAGGUAGGUUUUUCAGCAAUGAUUGCCAUUCCUGACAGGGCCCUUCUUCUUUUGGAGCACAGUUUUAUAAAAUUACUGUGGAUUCUGUUGUAAAUCUGCUGUUUAAGUGUUUUACAAUUUUUCUCUGAAAUACGUAUCUAUCAUAUAAACAGAAAGAUUUCAAUUUC